AAUUUGCUUUAUUUUAUUUAGCACGUCUCUCUAUUCUCUUCACUGGCAAUUAGUUUUGAAAUGGUUUUGAAAUUGUUAAGGUUUUGCUAUUUUGUUUUUGAUUUGUUUACAUAGAAGAGUAGUAUAUUCCCUUCAUAUUCCCUAAAUAUUCCUUGGUUUACAUAUAUAUCAGUUAUGUUAUCACGGACUAGAAAAAAAGUUGUUUAUUUUCCUCGUUAGCUGUGCUAUUUAGAGAUAACGUAGUGAUCAGAUACUCUUUGAGAAUUGUGAGUAGUAUCAAGUAGUAUAUGCAGGGGUUGUGUGACUGAUAUUAUCCUGUUUUACAUCCAUAAAAACGAUAAUGUCCAAGUUAAAGAUCGGGGUAACCUCUGUCGUGGCUCUAGGCUGUGCCGGUAUAACUUACGUGGUGCUGCAGAAGUUGAGAGACAAGAACGCUUCAGAUGCCUUGAAUUACUUGACGAUAGACAUUAUUUCAUCAGAGCAAGAUUGUGACCAGGCUAUCGUCAAAUUAAGAACGAAAUGUUGGGAACACCACGCUAUAGGGUUUGACUGUGAGUGGGUGACUGAACAGGGCAGGAGGCAGCCCGUUGCUCUGCUGCAGCUGUCUACAUUUGAUGGCUAUUGUGCUUUAUUCAGACUGAAUCAGAUCAAAUCUAUUCCUAAGGCAUUGCAAGAUCUUCUGCAAGAUGAAAGUGUAUACAAAGUAGGCGUAGCACCCAAGGAUGAUGCAAAAUAUCUAUCUCAAGACUAUGGAGUGUUCAUGGAAGGCACGCUGGAUGUAAGACACCUAGUACAUCUGUGUGGGUAUGAAAAUGGUGGUUUGGCAUCACUGGCUAAGUCUUUGUUGGGCAUUGUACUGGAUAAAACAUGGAGGAUAAGAUGCAGUGACUGGGCAGCGGAGCAGCUAUCUGACAGGCAAAUCAAGUACGCUGCGGCCGACGCCCAUGUAGCCAUAAGGAUAUUCGUCAAACUUAUCAACGAUUAUCACAGAAGAGGGUUCCUGUCUUGGUUUAGGACCAAUGGAAAUGGUUAUUGGAACGAUUUGGACGUUUGUAAGAGAUAUGCUGACUUGUCGUACAAAGCUAGUCUGGUUGUGAAAAAGAAUGACAAAAAUUCUAAUCAUAGAACCAAAGACAGGGAAGGCAAGUCCGGCAAAGAGGUGGAGUCGAAGCGCUACCCGCACGCCACUCGCUCUAAGCCCCUGUACCACAAUUGCUUCCUGGAGGCGCCUGAUGGAGAGCUGUUAUGUACUUGCGACAAUAAUAAAGCCAUGUGGUACGUAACGAAGGAACUAGCGGACGUUGUGAGCGAAGACCCUUUGAAGGUGCGCCUGCGCUUCGAGCCCGCGGGCCGCUCCGUGGGCGACGUGGGCAGAUACUAUCAGCUCACCAAGGAGAACAAGUGCGUCGUCUGUGGCGCUAAAGACUCAUACAUACGCAAGAACGUCGUGCCCAGAGAAUAUAGGAAGUACUUUCCAGAGAUAAUGAAGGAGCACUCGUCCCACGACGUGGUGCUGCUGUGUGUGGCGUGCCACCAGCUCAGCAACAUGCUCGACCGCGCGCUCCGCGAGCGGCUCGCCGAGCAGUGCGCCGCGCCGCUCGGCUCGCAUGGCAACAGCAAGAUCAUCGAGGACCCGGACUGCAAAAAAAUCCGUUCGGCGGCGCGAGCGCUACUGUACCAGUCGCGUAAACACGUACUGCCCGAAGCGCGACGCAAAGAGUUAGAGGGUGUCAUAUUGCAGCACUACCUACUGCAUGAUGAAAUCACUGAGGAGCUGCUGAAAGAGGCUGCCCAGAUUGAAGUUGUAUUCGAGAACGAAGACUACGAAUCGCACGGGUACAAAGUGACUGAGUAUUAUAAGAAGAAUGAAGGCUUGCUCCGACUGGAGGAGCUGUGGAGGGAGUACUUCCUCAAGACCAUGCACCCCCGGCACAUGCCCGAGCUGUGGUCCCUGAAGCAUAAUGAGGAGAGGCUAACAGUACGUCUUAAAGAAGGUCGUCUAUCGGAAGAAGAUCAAAAAUUGCUAGGCCUAGAUACAAGAUACUAGCUGAUGCCCCAACUAAACGUUAAUGACGAGAUGUCUAUCAACAUAAUAUCAACACCAUAGUGUCGAUUUUAAUUCCCGUACGCUCGGUUGGGCCCUUCAAAUCGACACUAGCCACUACUAACAUCCGGCCUACUUCUACUUGUAUUAAUAUAUUCUGUGCUUUGACGGUACAAAAUAGUUUAAUGUUUCAAUAUUGUAUAUAAAAUAAGAUUUUUUUUAAUGAACCAUUGAACAUAUCAAUAGUACGCGACAGGUCUAAAUGGCAAUCGGGGUGGGGACGCCCUGCACACCCGCACACUCUCGGGCUAACCCGGUGCGGGAUAGCGCGAGUGACAUGCGGGUGUGUGGGGGGUGCCCCUCCCCGGCUCCGCCCGCCUCAUACCCAGAUUGCUAUCUCAACCUGUCGCGUACUAUACUUGAAUAUUAUUUUAUUAAAUAAAUAUAUUUUACAAAAGUA